GGCAGACGAUCGAUCAUUUCCUCUCCAGCAUCGCCCGCUGUACGACACUGGUCCCUCACAUUCUCCCGCCAUGUCGAAGAGAUCCGCCGACGUCGCCGACGAGCAGUCCGCCGCCCUCAAGGCUGGCGAUCGCCCCGUCGUCGAUUCCCUCCCCGACGAGGUGGGGGAGUUCGAGGAUGAGUUCGAGGACGAGUUCGAGAGCGAGGAUGAGAUCCUCGAGGCCGGUGUCGAUGGCCGUCCCGAUGCGGAGCGCGAGGAGGAAGAGAGAGAUGCCAUGGAAGUAGACAAGCAGACCUUCAUUCCCGGACGGACAAAGCUUGCCCCCGGAGAGGUCCUCUCCCCCGACACGUCGACCUACGACAUGCUCCACACCCUCAGCACCCCCUGGCCCUGUCUCUCGUUCGACAUCGUGCGCGACACCCUGGGCGACAACCGCAAGACCUACCCCGCCACCGUCUACGCCGUCACCGGCACCCAGGCCGAGGGCAAGCGCGCCAAGGAGAACGAACUGAUGGUGCUGAAGCUGAGCGGCCUGAGCAAGAUGGAGAGGGACGGCGAGACGGACUCCGAGAGCGACUCGGACUCCGACGACGACAUGGGCGAGGCCAUCCUCGAGCACAAGAGCAUCCCCCUGGGCUCGACGACCAACCGCAUCCGCACCCACCAGACCCCCAACCAGUCCGGCGACUACUCCAAGCCCCCGCAGACCAUCACCGCCACCAUGCUGGAGAACGCCCAGGUCGUGAUCCACGACGUCACCCCCCAUCUCACCAGCUUCGAUGUCCCCGGCACCAUCCUCCCCCCGUCCGCCUCCAAGCCCCUGUCGACCCUCCGCAUGCACAAGUCCGAGGGCUACGCGCUCGACUGGUCCCCGCUGCAGCCCCUCGGUAAGCUGCUGACCGGUGACAACGACGGGCUGAUCUACGUCACGACGCGCACCGAAGGCGGCGGUUGGGUGACGGACAACCGGCCCUUCACCGGCCACCUGUCGUCCAUCGAGGAGCUGCAGUGGUCGCCCAACGAGAAGAACGUGUUCGCGUCGGCCAGCAGCGACGGCAGCGUCAAGGUGUGGGACGUGCGGUCCAAGUCGCGCAAGCCGGCCGUGGACGUCAAGGUGUCCAACACGGACGUCAACGUGAUGAGCUGGUCGAACCAGACGUCCCACCUGCUGGCAACGGGCGCGGAUGACGGUCAGUGGGCCGUGUGGGAUCUGCGCCACUGGAAGCCGAACCCGUCGGCGCCGUCGGCGCAGAUCACGGCGGCCCCGGUGGCCUCGUUCGACUUCCACCGCGAGCCCAUCACCAGUAUCGAGUGGCACCCGUCGGACGACAGUGUGGUGGCGGUGGGCUCGGCCGACAGCACGGUGACGCUGUGGGAUCUGGCGGUGGAGCUGGACGAGGAGGAGAGCCGCGAGGCCGGCCUGCAGGAGGUGCCGCCGCAGCUGCUGUUCGUGCACUACAUGGACUCGGUCAAGGAGAUCCACUGGCAGGCCCAGAUGCCGGGCACCAUCAUGGCCACGGGUGGUGCAGGGUUUGGUGUGUUCAAGACGAUCAGCGUGUAGAGAAUCGGAAGAAAAGUGCCAUUUCAACGAAUGCAUAUAGGCCGUUGGUGCGUUUGAUUGCGUUAUACCACUUUAUGUUAGGUUUAUGAACAGAGUUUAGAUUACAAUGAUGAGCAUGAUGAAAC